AUGACCCGGAAGGGCCAGCCAAAGGUUCGGACCGGCUGCCUGACCUGCAAGUCACGCAAGGUAAAGUGCGAUGAGGCAAAACCGGCGUGCGCGCGGUGCACCGGCACCGGCCGCAAGUGCGAGGGUUAUGCCGUCGUCGUCCCCAGCAACCGGGCCAUCGCCCGUGCCCGCUCGCGCACCACGAGGCUGCGAGACGCGCUCGCGCAGGCCAGGGCCGGGUGGGAGUCCGAGUCGGAGCUGGCUACCGUGGAGUACUUUGCCCGGGACGUCGGCCCCAACCUGCCGCAGAACUUUGAGAAAAGGUUCUGGUCCGACCUCGUGCCGCGCCUGAGUAAGUCGGAGCCCGCCGUGAGGCAUGCCGUGGCUGCCAUUGGCAGUCUUUUCCCGCAGCGAGGAGCCCCGAGUAACCCGAUCCAAGGAGCCACAAUCACCGACAGAGGAAGCGGGAACCCGCAAGCCGACGAGUACUACGGCAAGGCUCUGCGGCUGAUGGCCAACAAGGUCGCGCCGGAGAGGGGAUUUGAGGAUUCGGGCCAGACGGUAGUAACCAUUACCAGGACAACAACAACAACAACGAGAAACGACAGCAAGUCCUUUGGAGGCAUCUCCGCCUCCGUUGGUUCACCUAGCAACCGUUCAUCCCCGAGUCUGUCAUCGGCCGGACCGUCUUCCGCCAUUCAGUCUCCAGCGGCUCUGACGCCGGGCAUCUCGAGCAUCCUGGAGCUCGCAGAGACUGACCGGCCAGAUACCCUUCCGUCGACGAAUCCCUUCACAUCACCCCAGACCCAAGUCGACGACGGCGACGACGAUAUGAUGCAACCCAACGACGUGGACAUUGUCCUCUCCUGCUGCGUACUCUUCAUCGCCACGGAGUUCUUACGAAAGAGCUUCGCCGCCGCGAUGCAACAUCUCGCCAGCGGCAUCAACAUCCUCAACAACGUCGACUACGACGAGCUGGACCAAGACACCCUAGACGAAAUCGUCCCCAAAUUCCACCGCUUAAGCAUCAUCCAGCUAUGCUACUACGACAAGCCGGGCUUCCCCUCACUCAACCUCCAGCACGGCCUCGGAUCCAGGUACAACCUGGGGCCCUUUGACAAGAGCAACAGCAUCUACCUACCCAAACGCGCCGUCGACCCGAUACUGCUCGAUGCCAUACGAUAUAUACGGUCGGCGGACCCCGAAUCGCAGACCGACUCCCGCCUCGCCUCAAAGGGGCCCGUCAUGGCCGAGGAGCAGAAGCACAUUUGCGCGUCCCUCGACAGGUGGCACGCCGCCUUUCUCGCCUUUGUCGAGUUCCCCCGCAAAGACACCGACGACCCGCCGUUGCCGAAGCACAAGGGCCUCCUCUGCGCCGAGACGGAGAUGAAGUACCACGCAGCCAAGAUUUGCAUCAGCGUCUGCCGCUCCCACGACGAGUCCGUGUACGACUGCUUCAAGGAGAAUUUCGGGCGCAUCGUCACGCUGGCGCGGUUGAUACUGGACAGCUGCCCCGACGACGUGGGCGACGGCGCCGCGCCACACGAACAAACACACACACAAGACUUUACGUUUGACUUCAAGACGAGCUACCUCUCGCUCAUCGAGUUCGUCAUUGUCAAGUGCCGCUGGCUCGAUAUCCGGUACCAGGCGUGGCUCAUUGCCUGGGAACUCGCAACAGGGCGGAGGGAGCCGGUGACGCUGGGCCACAAUAACCUGCACUAUGUUGGCAAGCGGAUGAUUGAGCGGGAACACAACGUCAGCAUCGACGAGGUGACGCGGGAGACGGCCAGUCUAUUUUCAUUACCUGCCGAGGAGAUGCGCGUCAAGGACUACGCUACCGAUGCCCGGUUCGCAGACCUGGUUGUAAAAGCCAACAACAACAGAGACACGGCGUCGUCGUCGUCAACGUCGACGACGUCGGCUGCCGCGGUACAGGUCCCAUAUACCCAACGUCUGCUGCUACGCUGCGGGAGCUGCGAGCUGGACCAGCUUGCCGGUUGGAUGGAGGGUUACGAAUUUUCAGGGAGGGAGAAGUGA